AUGAUUUUUCGAACGCUCUCUGGUACAAGAAAUAGAAUUUUAAAAGCCUCUGGCCUCAAGUCACUAAGUAAAGGGUUGAAAAUGGCUUCAGAAACUAGCCAGACUUCGAAGAGAAUCGAUCCUCGCCCAGUGAUAAUAAGUGGUCCAUCAGGUGUCGGAAAAGGCACGCUAUACCAUCUGCUUCUCUCAAGACACCCUUCAACCUUUGCCACGACUGUUUCACACACUACACGGGCACCUCGCAGCGGAGAAAAGGAGGGCAUUGACUACUACUAUAUCAGUCGCCCAGAAUUUGAAGAUCUUAUUGCUCGGAAAACAUUCGUCGAACACGCAGAGUAUGGGGGAAAUCGAUAUGGCACUAGCAAGGCUACAAUUCAGACUGUGAUCAACUCUCACCGCGUGCCUGUUCUUGACAUUGAGAUGGAGGGUGUGAAGCAAAUCAAGGACUCUGAAAUUGACGCACGUUACGUCUUUAUUGCCCCUCCAUCAUUAGAAGUGCUUGAACAGCGCCUUCGAGGCCGAGGCUCUGAGAAAGAGGAUAGUAUACAAAAGCGCUUAGCUCAGGCGAAAUAUGAGUUGGAAUACGCGGCUAACGAUGGGACUUACGACAUAACCAUCGUCAAUGACGUUCUCGAAAAAGCCUAUGAGAAGCUUGAAGCUUUUAUUCUUCAAUAA